AUGACUUUAGCUGAAGGUCAUGUCAUGAAAGCUGCUGAGCAUUAUGAAGCAUUUUAUCAGCUAACAGAGGGUUCGACAUGGAAGGAUGAGACAGGCCAUACUUACAAUGCACUGGCGUGUGAGCAUCUCUGGAGAAUUUAUACGUUAGUAGCAGACAAAAUGCUUGAAAAUAAAGAACACCAACAGGCCAUCAAAACACUAAUAAAAGCUUUAAAAAUGGCAAAAGAAGGAGAUGAUAAGAAGAUGGAAGGAGAAGCUGUGUAUUGCUUAAGUUUAGCCUAUCAUUUUGCUGGAGAACAAGAGACAGCAUUAUCAAUUUUGAACACCUCAGUAAAAAUCUUCACAGCACUUGGUGAUUCUGCUGGCCUAGGCAGAGCAUAUGCAGCUCUAGCCAAGAUCCUGGUAAGUCAGGGGAAAGUGGCUGAAACUAUAAACUGCUUGGGAGAGUUUAUGAAGGCUGCUGAGAAUGCUCAUCUAAGCCAUAGCCUGGUGGAUGCAUGUGUAUUACUUGGGAAUAUUUACAAUGAAAGAGGGAACUAUAAUGCAGCUUUUGAAUAUUUUACUCAGGCUUCUGAGGCAGCAAAAACAUUAAAUAAUUUGCCCUUAGUGGAUGAAAUAAAGACUUAUUGUGGCAUUGCAAAGGCUCAUAAACUGAUGGUGGCAUUUAACAGCCAUAUAGAAGCAGAAGAUCCCGUCAGCCUCAAGUACCUGCUGGCAUGGAAGGAGAACAGAAGUGACAUGUGCACUGACCCUCUUACAGUUGCCAUUUGUGAAACUCAUUUAUAUCCUAAAAUG